AUGGAGCUCUUCUCCCACACAUUCCUGGCCCCAAACCUGGGACACACCCUUCAAAUAUCCACAAAGAUCUGCUGCCUCCUUCUCAUUCUGGCAAAGUUUACUGGACAUGGGGGUUGGAAGAUCAUGGACUCCUGCCUUAAAAUUAUGAUAUUUUCACUUUUUUCCAUCUGCAACUGGGCAUAUAAAAUAGAUACUCUGCCCACCAUUGAAAAUGAAGCUUUCAUCAAAGAGUGUGUUGACAGUCAUAACAAGUUUCGAUCACAAGUGACUCCCAAAGCCAGUAACAUGUUGCGUGUGAGCUGGGAUGCAGAUUUGGCCAAAGUUGCUAAAGAAUGGGCGCAGAAGUGUAAGUUUGGACAUAACCCUGAUCUGAAUAAACCCAAAAAGUUGCACCCUACCUUCUCUACAGUGGGAGAGAAUCUCUGGAUUGGCUCAGUUGGAUCAUUUUCUGAAAAUUUUGCCAUCAAAACGUGGAAUGAUAAGGCAAAAGACUAUGACUUCCAGAAUAAGAAAUGUACUGGGAUAUGUGGUCAUUAUACUCAGGUGGUCUGGGCAGAGUCUUACAAGAUUGGCUGUGCAGUUCAAUAUUGCCCCCAAAUUGCUCAGUCUUUCAUUAUCAAUGGAGUAAUUUUUGUGUGUGACUAUGGACCAGCAGGAAAUUAUAAUAUGCAGCCCUACACGGAAGGAGAACCCUGCAGUGCCUGUAAAGAAGAUACCUGUGUGGAUCAGCUGUGUACAAAUCCAAAGCGGGAUGGAGAGGCUGCAAGUCCCAAGCCAGAUGGAGAUGCUGCAACUCACAAGCCAGGAACUCAGGAGACAACCAAGGGCCGCCACAAAGUUUCUCUUGUUUUAAUCUUGGUGCCAAUAUUUGUUAUACUGGCUAUCAUAUUGAUCAUUGUGAUAGUGAUAAAGCGUUAUUUCGCAAGGUAAAUCAUUUCUCAAUAAAUUUAAUCCAAAGGGA